AAUAGCUAGUCUCUUCCUUCUCACUCAGAAAGAGCUGACCUAUCUACACAGGCAACAAGAUGCUGGCUUCUCUGAUGGGUGUUUUUAUCGCGGUUUGCUUCGAAGUUGAAAGCAGGCGCCCAGAAGCGACCAAUGCUGUCAGUUUCCUGGAUAAUGAGAAAUGGUUGACCACUGUCUCACAAUAUGACAAGGAGCUGAGAUACUGGAACAAAUUUCGAGAUGAUGAUUAUUUCAGAAGCUGGAAUCCGAACAAGCCAUUUGAUCAAGCCCUGGAUCCAACAAAAGAUCCAUGUCUGAAGGUGAAAUGCAGUCAACACAAAGUCUGUGUAACCCAUGACUACCAAACAGCACUUUGUGUUAAUCGCAAACAGCUAAUGCACAGACAGAAAAAGGACAGUCUUGUUCGUAAACAAUCAGUUGGAGGAGCCAAUCUGGCCAAAUGCAAGCCCUGUGCAGUGAUGCAUCCCAGUUCUGUCUGCGGUUCUGAUGGUCACACUUACUCCUCUAAGUGUAAACUUGAUUACCAAGCUUGCUCUUCACAUAAGACGAUCACCUUGAGAUGCAAAGGACCCUGUCCUUGUCUUCCUGGUCAAGAAAGUGUGAAACUGAAAAAUGAAAAGACAGUAUGCCAUGAAAAAGAACUGAGGAAUCUUGCUUCCAGACUGAAAGACUGGUUCGGGGCCCUUCAUGCUGAUGCCAACCAAGACAUAAGACUUAAAUCAAUCAAGCAAUCAGAGCAGACCAGGUUUGACACCAGCAUUCUUCCAAUCUGCAAGGAUUCUUUGGGCUGGAUAUUUAACAAGCUGGACAUGAACUAUGACCUUUUGCUGGACCAAUCAGAGCUGGGAACAAUUUACCUUGAUAAGUAUGAGCAGUGCAUUAAGCCACUUUUCAACUCCUGUGACACAUUUAAAGAUGGGAAGCUUUCAAACAAUGAAUGGUGCUACUGUUUCCAGAGGCAGGGAGGUCUUCCAUGCCAAGCUGAAAUUAAUAAGAUUCAAAGGCAGAGCAGAGGGAAACAUCUUUUAGGUAUUUUUAUACCAAGGUGCAAUGAGGAUGGAUAUUACAAACCAGCCCAGUGUCACAGUAGCACUGGGCAGUGCUGGUGUGUUGACAAAUAUGGAAAUGAAAUAGCAGGUUCACGGAUAGAAGGGACUCCAAUCUGUGAAGAAGAUCAGGAGACUUCUGGUGAUUUUGGCAGUGGUGGGUUCCAUGUUUUGUCUGAUGACCAGGAUGACGAGAGAGAAAUACAAAAUGAAGAGGAAGAGAAAGCACCUGAGGGCGGAGGCAAUGAAGAUGAUGAAGAUAGCGAAGAUGACAAAGAUGAUGAUAUUGGCUAUAUUUGGUAG